ACGUCAGCGGCAGCAGCAGCAGCAGCGUUGACAGCGGCAGCAGCAGCAGCAGCAGCGAGGAGACGCUGACGAUGAUGACGGUGAUGAUGGUGGCGCCGGUGGGGAAUGAAACCGCGGAGCGUGGAGGAGGUGAGAGAGGAGGUGGACUAGGAGGCGAGGCCGAUGAUGCUGGCGACGGUGGCCAUGGCGACGGUGGCCAUGGUGAUGGAGGCGACGGUGGCCAUGGCGACCGUGGCCAUGGCGACAGAGGCGACGGUGGCCAUGGCGACAGUGGCCAUGGUGAUGGAGGCGACGGUGGCCAUGGCGACGGUGGCCAUGGCGACGGUGGCCAUGGCGACGGUGGCGAGGGUGGCCAUGGCGACGGUGGCCAUGGUGAUGGAGGCGACGGUGGCCAUGGCGACCGUGGCCAUGGCGACAGAGGCGACGGUGGCCAUGGCGACGGUGGCCAUGGUGAUGGAGGCUACGGUGGCCAUGGCGACGGUGGCCAUGGCGACAGAGGCGAUGGUGGCCAUGGCGACGGUGGCCAUGGCGACGGAGGCGACGGUGGCCAUGGCGACGGUAGCCAUGGCGACGGUGGCCAUAGCGACGCUGGCCAUGGCGACGAUAGCCAUGGUGAUGGAGGCGAGGGUGGCCAUGGCGACGGUGGCCAUGGCGACGACGGAGAGACGUCUCCUCGUGCCUCCGCUUGCCUCCCGAUCCCGAGGGACCUAACGCUCUGCAGGGGCCUCCCGUACGGCCUCAUGAGGCUUCCCAACCUCCUGCAGCACGACACCCUGGGCGAGGUGAGGCAGCAGGCUGGCAGCUGGGUCCGCCUCGUGUCCCGCCGCUGCCACCCGGACACGCGACUCUUUCUGUGCUCGCUGUUCGCCCCCGUCUGCAGCAGCCGCCGCGAGUUUGCGGUGUGGCCCUGCCGCUCGCUGUGCCAGGCCGUGCGUGACGCCUGCUCGCCCCUCAUGGAGGCCCACGGCUUCCCGUGGCCCGCGAUGCUCGCCUGCGACACGCUGCCCGCCGAAACGUCGGGCAUGUGCAUACGGGGGCUGCACGCGGGGCGGAGUGGUGGAGGUGGUGGUGGUGGUGGCGGUGGUGGCGGUGGUGGUGACGGUGGUGGAGAUGGAGGACUCGGAGGGAGGAAGCUGAUUAAUGCAACUGGAGGAGGAGGCCUCCCGGUUUGCCCGCAGUGUGAGGAGCUGGAGACGUCUCAGGCCAUCCUGGAGACCUUCUGCUCUAGCGAGUUCGCCCUGAGAAUCCCCGCGGGGCUCAGCGUGGCCCUGCUGGGCCCCGACCUCCGACUCCGCGCGGGGAGGGGCCGCCCGCCCCGCCUCCUGAAGGCGGGGCCACUGCGCCCGGGAGACCUCGGGCCCCGCCUCCCCCACCCUCGUGGCCCCGCCCCCGACCCCGCCCCCUCCGUGGCCCCGCCCCUGGUGCUGCGCAACGGCGCGGCGUGCCGCUGCCCCCAGCUCGAGGCGCCCACCCAGCCGGGGCCCUUCCUCGUCAUGGGGGGCGUGGCCAAAGACCGCUCGCUCACCGUGACGGGCAUCGUGCCGCUGGGCAGGAGGGCACUGGCCAGGCGGAGUGGGGUCGAGGUGGCACGGGCAAUGCGCAACAUCAAAGCCAACCGCUGCCCCGGCUUCUCCACCACAUUCUGA